AUGCCUAAUCUGUCUGCAGGACAGUCCCAACAAGUUUAUGCCAUGCUGAACACCAAUCAUGCUGAGCAGCACAAUCCUCAAGUCCAUGCCACCAAUUCCACCUCAGGUUUGUUUACACCUUCUACAUCCCUAGAUCGUUGGAUCAUUGAUAGUGGGGCCACGGAUCACAUCACGUCAUGCCCACAUUCUUUGACAAGCAACACAAACAAUUCCACCAUGGCGCCGGUGGUUCUACCUAGUGGAGAAAAGGCUCCCAUCAGUGUUGCCCCUCCAGAUGCCCAUCCUCCACUGUCAAACACAACCCUUGUCCUUCAUACCCCUCUCCAUGAUAACAUCUUAGCUCCGCUCCUUGAUGACCCUCAUGAUACUGCCACCCACUCAUUCGAUGAUCCUAGUCCCACCUUGCCUACUCCCACUUCAACCUCUCCACUAUCUUCAUCGCCUAAUGUCAUCACUGAUUCCCAACCCGACUCUUUAUCUGUACAGCUGCUUCCCCACUCUCAACGCCACAAGACUCCAUCUGUUUUUCUCAAAGAUUUUGUAUGCUCGCAAGUAACACUACCAUCCCCUGACCAUUUGUCGUCUCCGUCGCCAUAUCCCACCAAAGGGAACGAUAUUUCUGCUAUCAAUUCUCUUAAGCAGUUCCUCCAUACUCGUUUUCGUAUCAAGGAUCUUGGAGAUCUCAAGUUCUUUUUGGGGAUUGAGGUGUCCCGAUCAAAGAGAGGCAUUAGUAUUUCACAAAGAAAGUAUACACUCGAGAUUCUCAAGGAUGGAGGUGUUCUUGGUUCUCGACCCGUGAAUUUUCCCAUGGAGCAAAACCUCAAACUGUCAAAUACAGGAGAAUUGCUUCAUGAUCCAUCCAAGUACAAAAGGUUAGUCGGUCGUCUAAUUUACCUGACCAUCACGAGGCCUGACAUCACAUAUGUCGUACACGUGCUAAGCAGGUUCAUGCACGAACCUCGUAAGCCUCAUAUGGAGACUGCACUUCGAAUCCUGAAAUACCUCAAGAAUACUCCCAGGCAAGGACUGUUUUUUUCAGCUCAAAGUGACUUAAAGUUGAGUGCUUAUUGUGACUCAGAUUGGGCAGGUUGCCCAACCACUCGUAGGUCCACAACUAGGUAUUGUGUGUUUUUGGGAAGCUCAUUGAUUUCUUGGAGAACGAGGAGACAUAAAACCGUAUCUCUUUCUUCCGCAGAAGCCGAAUACAGAGCCAUGGCCAGAGCAUGCUGCGAGCUCUCUUGGCUACGAAGUCUCUUGUGA